AUGUCUAUGCGGCAAGGCCGAGUGUACUUCAAUCUGCUUUGUUCGCCGGGGAUCAGACAAAGAUCAGGUGGCAGGAGCAUUCCGAACUCAAUGACGAAAGCUGCCUUGGGGGCUCUUUGGACUUGGGCCUGCCGCACUACAGGGUACCUGAGGACGACGCAAACGAGUUAUCGCAGUUCGAUCGGGAUGCCUGGUGAUAUACAGUGCUGGAGCUGGUCCCAAGACAUCCUUCCCUGGGCUUGCAGGAUACAAUUGGACGGCCCGAUCACUGGCAACAACCUCACCUUGCACGGGAACAUGGAGUUUUAUGCUACAAGGCCAUUCCACAAGGCGUGUCUCCAAUUGACGGGCACCCUAUCAGUGGUCGGCACAGUGUUGAUCCAGAACUGCAGCAACGUCAACUCUCAGGAAAGUGGAGGUGGUGGACAAGCACGUGGGCUGCAGAUUCCGCCGACGGGCAAUCUUACCUUCCGGAACUGUGUUGCGAAGAGUAGUGGUGGAGGAUUCGCUUGUGGUGACCAUGGUGUGCACUUGACCGGAUCAUUGGCCUUUCACCAUUGCGAAGCGGAACUUCAGGGUGGCGGUCUGAUAGUAAGGUCAGGGGCCUUGACGCAAAAACAUGGCAGCUUGAAGUUCAGCCACUGCUUCUGUCGGCCGAGAUCGGAGAAGAGUCGCCCGAAGUGA